GGUGGUCUGUGAUCAGCAGAGAAGAGAUCCCUGCAAGGGUGAGCUCUUCAGCAGUGCAACUGCCUGUGCUCUGGAGAAGACACCAGGCCUCGCGGCAAAAAGAGAACCUCCAGAGUUGGAGGCCUCGGUCUUACUACAAGAGAUUGGUCUUCAGUCAGCGGAAGACAGAUUUCCAGGUCACCCCAGAAGUCACAAGAUCUCAAGAGAGUCACCAUGCCUCGUGGUCAGAAGAGUAAGCGCCGUGCCCGUGAGAAACGCCAACAGGCCCGAGGGCAAAGCCAGGCUGCCCAGGGUGCUCAGGCCACUACAAUGGAGGAGGAAGGACCCUCUUCUCCCUCCGCUGUUUUGGGGGACACCCCCCAGAGGUCCUCGCUUGAGGGUGUUUUGCAGGAGCCUAAGGAAGCCACUACUCCUGCUUCAGCUGUUUUGUCCAAUAGAUCUGAUGUAGAUGCCAAGGUUCAAGAUGAGGAAAGCCCCAGCCCUGCCCAGGGCCCAUCUUCCACUGAGAAGCCUAACAAAGAUCUGACGGGAAAGAUAUGCAUGUUACUGCUGUUCUUGGUAGACAAGUAUAACAUGAAAGAGCCCAUUAUGAAGGCAGAAAUGCUGAAGGUUGUCAGCAAGAAGUUCCAGAAGCACUUCCCUGAGAUCCUGAGCGAAGCCGCGGAGCGCAUAAAGUUGUUCUUUGGCCUUGAAUUGAGGGAAGCUAAGUCCAGAUGUAACGCCUAUGAGCUCUUCGGGAUGGUGGAUGUCACCAAACGAAACAACUUGAAUGGAGGCCUGCAGUUGCCUAUUAAGAGUCUGUUGAUGACUGUCUUGGGUGUGAUCUUCGUGAAUGGUAACCGAGCCUCUGAAGAAUCCAUCUGGAAGUUCCUGAAUAUGCUGGGAAUCUAUGCUGGGAGUAUGAAAGAUAUUUUUGGAGAGCCCAGGAAGCUCCUGGUGUUUGAUUUUGUGCUGUCGAGAUACCUGCAGUACCAGCAGGUGCGAAAGAGUCGUCCUCCACGCUAUGAAUUCCUGUGGGGUCCAAGGGCAUGUGCUGAAACCACCAAGAUGAGAGUUCUGGAGUUUUUGGCCAUGCUGAAAGGUGUGAAUCCCUGGGAUUUCCCUGGUCCUUAUGAAGAGGCUUUGAGAGAUGAGAAAAGGAGAGCCCGACGGUGAUUUGCCUGCAGGGUCCAUUCUACUUCUAACACCACUGAGAGUUCAGGCCCAAGUCUAGUGGCUUCACCAGGAUCUAGUGAAGUGGGAGAAGAUCCUUCACAGUAGUUGACAGGGCUUCCAAGUAGUACAUUCAGAAGUAGCUUAGAAGAAACACAAUGUAUUAUUUUCUGUUGUGUACCAGUAACUUGUAGUUUGUUCUCUCUCAAAUGUUGUGCCUUUUGACCUAAAUUUUAUUUUGCUUCAGAGUGUGAGCUCAUGAAUAUCCUUCAUGGUCAUCGUGUUUUUGUUGGUUAUCAGAUAUAAGAGUUAGCAUGGCCAUCUACAAUUACUUGAAAAAACAUCAGCAAUUCCUUUAUUUUAUAAAACUAAGUAGUUUAGCAUUGAGCUAACCCCAGAUUAAGUUUGUUAGGAUCACAAAUGAAAGAAAUGAAUGAAAAGUAUAGAAGUUCUUGGGCUGCCUUAUUCUUUUUUAAUCGUACUUGUCUGCAAAAUUAAAAGUUACACACACACACGGCUGGAUUUGAUUAAAAUAUUUAGGAGUUGUUUUGUGUUUUAGU